AUGAGCGCAGUGUUCGUGGUCUACAUCUGUCUCUUAUGGUUCGCCGCCAAUACUCAGUCGGCGGUAGUGCCUGCGUUACCGGUCAAGCAGGUUCCCGAGAACGGCUUAUCGGCGUCUGAUCUCGAGAAGCUGCCGAAAGCUUACGGGAAAGAGCUGGUCAGGGGGACAGAGUGCGCGGUGUGCCUGGACGAGAUCGAGGCAGAACAACCGGCCAGGGUGAUUCCCGGUUGUAACCACGGCUUUCAUCUCCAAUGCGCGGAUACAUGGCUUUCUCACAGUUCCAUCUGUCCUGUUUGUAGAGCCAAGCUCGAUUGUAGACCAAAACUCGAACCUGUUCAGAUUAUUAUCAUCGCUUCAUCUGAUGAAAGUCCAUGCUAG